GGAAAGUUUUUCAUUUGCAACAUGCCAAAAGGACAGGGCCAUCCCAGUAGAUCCAAAAAACGGAGAUUCUGCGGAAAUCGGUACAAGGCAGAAACGGAUACGUCUUUCACCAGCAUAUGGACUUCGAAGAUCCAGCGAGGUUACUCCAGCGUUGUUUCUGUGUCGAAGGAGCAUGGUUACAGUUUUAUGAAUUUUUAUUCUGUAUUCACCAUGCUCAGUACUUAAGUGAUUUGUCGAAAGUGCCAUGGUGACAUAGAGUUCGACAAAACGGAGAUUAUUAAUUCUUGUCCAUUAAUCGGCCGGGCAUAUGAAAUAAAUUGCCGACUAGUAUUUUCCCUGCCGAUGUUGGGUGUGGGUUUUGAAGAUCUGAUAUUAAUUUGUGGACUCAUGGAUUUGAGUUCCCUAAUCAGUCAUAAUUUAUACUAUGGCUGUCUUAACAUUUACACAGCUACACAGGCAAUAUAUGAAAAAUUAUUGAAUCAUGCGGUUGAGCAGGAGAUGGAAUUUAACGAAAAUGACGAUCCGGCACAUCUCACAGUAUCAGGCGAUGGCACAUGGAAGAAAAGAGUAUUUAGCUCGCUAUUGGUGUUUCAACUCUCAUUGGAAAAUUUUCAGAGAAAGUUGUUGACACCUUAGUGAAAUCGAGUUUAUGCCAAGCCUGCAAUAUCUGGAGAAAAAAAAUUAAUAGCUGUGAAUUUGAAAAUGGGUACGAAGAACGCGAAUCAAAGUGCAAAAAAAAUCACAAUGAAAGUUCCGGAAAAAUGGAAGCUGACGCCAUCCUUAAAAUGUUUCAACGAUCUGAGUAGAAACAUCAUGUAUGUACAAUAUUCAACGUAAAUCGGUGAUGGUGACAGCAAAACUUUCAAAGCUAUUGUGGAAGCCAAACCUUACGGAGAUAUUGCCGUUGUGAAGAAAGAGUGUAUAGGGCACGUGAAGAAAAGGAUGGGUCGUCGAUUGCAGGACGUCAAAAAGAAGGUCAAAGGGAUUGGAGGACAUUGCGCCGGAAAGUUAACUGGAAAAGUCAUUAAUGACUUAACGACCUAUUACGGAUUAGCCAUUCGAAGAAAUCCUGAUUCACCGGAAAAUAUGAAAAAUGAAAUAUGGGCUACAUAUUAUCAUAAAAGUUCAACCGAUGAGACACUUCAACAUCAUCUUUGUCCAACUGGCCCCGACAGCUGGUGUAAAUGGCGUAAAGCAGAAGCUCUGGGUGUUUUAGAAUCUUACACCCAUGAGAAACCACCUCUUGCAGAAGAUGUAUUAACUGCUAUAAAGCCUAUCUAUGAGGACUUAACAAAUAAAGAUCUCUUGGAACUAUUCUCGGGGGCCAACACGCAGAAUAACAAUGAGAGUUUCAAUGCUCUCAUAUGGUAUUUCGCGGUCGAUAUAGCUACUUAUCUAGCAGUAUGUAUUUUUAAUGAGAGUUUCGAGGCUAUACUUGACAUCAUACAGACGAUGGGAAUAGUCAUUGGAUCCGAUACAGAUACAUAUAUGGGUCAACGAGGCGCCGAGCGCAUCGCCCGUUCUGAACUCCUCACUUCUCAGUCAGCAAAGAAACCAGAUUGUCUAAGCAACAGGCAAAUUCAGAAAUGCAGGAGUUUUUUGAGAAGGAUGAAGGCAUCUUGUACGGUGCCGGCAUAGUAGACUGAAGGUUAAUUUGAAAAUUCCACUUUUAGUACUCAAGAAUGGUACUUUCAACUUUAAACGCGUUUCCUGAAAACUUACGUUUUUAAAAAUCUCAGCCACGAUAAAUCAAAAUGUAAUUUACCGAAUUGGGCGUGUAAAGUCCCAUUUUGCUCGUAAUUAAUGCCCCUAUAAUGUGAACUAGAAUUAUUACAAUCGAAUAAUAUUUUCGAUUUUUUAUGGCCCACCAAGUCAAAACAAAAUAGUAAAAUCGCGAUUUUCAUGUUUAAGAGGCUGCCAUUUCAUUAUGAAUACCACGGCCGUUAUCAUGGUUGAGGUGCGGCGACAACCCUUUUUUUUGUGGAG